AUGGAAAUAUCCAAUGAUUCGGGCACUAAGAAACCAAAAAGGUUGACAUCUGUUGUCUGGAAUCACUUUGAAAGGAUUAGAAAGGCUGAUAUAUGUUAUGCUGUUUGCCUACAUUGUAACAAGAGACUUAGUGGAUCAAGUAACAGUGGAACAACUCAUCUAAGAAAUCACUUGAUGCGGUGUCUGAAAAGAUCAAACUUUGACGUUUCCCAACUGCUUACAGUGAAGAGAAGGAAAAAAGAUAAUACUGUCAGCCUAGCAAACAUUAGUUUUGAUGAAGGUCAGAGGAAAGAAGAAUAUACAAAGCCAGCAUUCGUCAAGUUUGAACAGGAACAUAAGAAAGAUGAAAUCAUUAACUUUGUAAGUAGUAAAUUUGACCAGGAUAGGAGUCAACAUGAUCUCGCUCGUAUGAUCAUCUUACAUGGAUACCCGUUGACUUUGAUUGAACAAGUAGGAUUCAAAGUCUUUGUGAAAAACCUCCAGCCUCUCUUUGAGUUCUUGCCAAAUAGCAACGUAGUGAUUUCUUGCAUAGAAAUCUACAGGAGGGAGAAAGAGAAAGUGAAUGAGAUGAUAAACAAAUUAUGUGGCAGGAUCAAUCUCUCCAUCGAAAUGUGGUCUUCGGCAGAAAAUACCUCAUUUUUGUGUCUAUCUGCGCAUUAUAUUGAUGAGAAAUGGACAUUGCAAAAGAAAAUUUUGAACUUUCUUACACUUGACUCUUCUUACACCGAAGACUUGCUUCCUGAAGUGAUUAUCAGAUGCCUUGAUGAAUGGGAUAUUGACUGCAAGCUAUUUGCGUUGACUCUUGAUGAUUGUUCUGUUGACGAUGAUAUCACUCUCCGAAUCAAAGAGCGUGUUUCCGAGAAAAGGCCUUUCUUAAGUACUCGACAAAUACUCGAUGUACGCUCUGCAGCACAUCUCAUAAUUUCCAUCGUUCAAGAUGCCAUGGAUGCAUUGCAUGAGUUGAUCCAAAAGAUUCGAGAGAGCAUCAGAUACGUUAAAAGUUCACAAGAAGUUCAAGAAAAAUUUAAUGAAAUUUCUCAACGUGCUGGGAUCAACUCUUUAAACGCCUUAUUUCUUGAUAAUCCACUACAAUGGAAUUCUACAUAUAUCAUGCUCGAAACUGCACUAGAAUACAGGGGUGCUUUUUCACUCCUCCAAGAACAUGAUCCCUCCUACUCAUCAACUCUAUCUGAUGAAGAGUGGGAAUGGGCUAAUUCUGUUGCUGGGUAUUUAAAACUCCUUGUUGAAAUUAUGAAUAUCUUCUCAAGCAACAGAUUUCCUACAGCUAACAUAUUCUUCCCUGAGAUCUGUGACAUUCAUAUUCAAUUAAUUGACUGGAGCAGAAGUUCUGACAAUUUUCUUAGUACCAUGGCUUUGAAGAUGAAAGCCAAAUUUGAUAAGUACUGGAGCAAGUGCAGUUUGGCUUUAGCUUUAGCUGCAGUCCUAGAUCCCCGGUUUAAAAUGAAGUUGGUUGAGUACUACUACUCCUUGAUAUAUGGAAGCACUGCUUUGGAUCGUAUCAAGGAAGUUUCUGACGGUAUCAAAGAACUUUUUAAUGCAUAUUCUAUCUGCUCGACAAUGGUUGAUCAAGGGUCAGCCUUGCCUGGAAGUAGCUUACCAAGCACCAGUAGUGGUGCCAGGGACAGACUAAAAGGCUUUGACAGAUUCCUUCACGAGACAUCACAGAGUCAGUCAAUGACAUCAGACUUGGACAAGUAUUUAGAGGAACCCAUAUUUCCUCGUAAUUCUGAGUUUAACAUAUUGAACUGGUGGAAAGUCCACAUGCCCAGAUACCCGAUUUUGUCUAUGAUGGCACGAGAUGUUCUUGGAACUCCAAUGUCAACCUUGGCACCUGAAUUGGCAUUUAGCACAGGGGGCAGAGUGCUCGAUUCUUCUCGCAGUUUGCUGAACCCGGAUAUACGAGAGGCUCUAGUAUGCGCACAAGAUUGGAUUCGAAAUGAAUCAGGAGAUUUUAAUCCAACCCCAAUUCAUUCUGCUCCACCUCUUCUCCUUGAAUCAACUUAA